ACAGCCCCCCUUGGGCUGCCCGGGGUGGGCCGGGCUGGGAUAAGGAGCAGUUUGGGAUGGGGAUGGCAGCAGGUGCCGCUGAGCCUCUGCCUUUGGGGUUCCAGCCCCCGUGUUGCAGGAGGGCCUGGGCUGGGAGCUGGAGCGCUCUGCAGAGCUCCAGAAUUUGGGAAAGAAGAUCCUGGGGCUGUUUGUUUUGUUUUGAUUUUUCUCAGUGAUUAAGACAAGUUUUAUUUUGCUCAUUUUAUGACAAGACAUCAUUUUAUUUUGCUCUUCUAUCAGUAGCAGGUACCUCCAGUAGGAGGAAAGUGUCUGGAGCUUGAAGUAGCUCAUGUUAGCAUUUAAAUCUGAACUUGCCAGGGGCUGCAAAGUCUGAAAUGCAGUGAGAUCAGUUUGGGGUGUUUUGCUGGGAAAAGGGGUGUAAACAAGUGUAACUCUGAGCAUUUCCUGAGGCUGGUAGGUAAGAUGGCACCUCAUCCCAAAAGAACAGAUCUGUGCUGCUGGUUUUUUUUUCCAAAAGAAAAUCCUACCAAGAAAAACUUCCUUGCAUUCCUUGCUGUUUGGACUGCUGUGGGUUGCAGCUGUCAUUUACUGAGCAGAAUUGGCUUCAAUUGGAGUCAAACCAGGAGGUUUCCCAGGUAACCUCUCAGCGUGUCAAGUUCCUGACAUCAAUCAGAGGUACCUAUCCAUGUUAUCCAGACCAAACCCCAGCACUCACUGCUGAACUGCUGGAGCAUCUCUACAGGGAAAAAGCUGUGGCCAGUCCAGAUAUUCUGUGGGGUCCCUGCCCAGUUUCCAGUGAUGGAUGGGAAACUGCUACUUGGAGACUGGAUCCCAGGAGAACUUGAGUAAUUUCCUACUGAAAGCUUUUAAAAGAGGGACUUGCUUCCAAGCUCCUUUGUCUCAGCUGGAAACCUACCGGGAUAUUUGGGCUUAUUUGGAGAUGAACCACUCUGAAGUGUGUCAUAUAAAAUAUGAUGGAAAUAUUGAUGGAUGAAAAAGUUAAAUACUUAAAGACCUCAGAGGAUCCUGUGAGGGUAUUUCACACAUAAAAAUGAAGAUAUCAAGAUGACAAGCCCAGCAGGUUGUGCACAGGGGUGAGGCAGUGGUGGCUGCUCCAGGGGAUUUCUUCCACGUGCCCAACAUAAAAAUAAUGGCAUCACUUCAUAAUGGCUUGCAACUGCUGCUCUAAUGAGGGAAAACUGAAUUUCUCUGCCCAGAGUGUGAUAAGGGACAGCCCUGUCAUGGCAUGACCAAGAACUUCUGCCUCAGAUCAUCAGAGACCCCUGGAAAAGGCAAACUCCAGCAGGGCACAUUAGAACACAAGGAGAAGAAUGGACUCAAACUCCUCAUUGGAUUGGCCUCACUUGGAUUUGCUGGAUUACAACAGGACGUACAAGUACCUUUACCUGGAAGUCUCCUACGUGGACUUCUACCUCCACCAGCCUUGGGUGGCUGCUGUCUUCAUCACUUCCUACCUGCUCAUCUUCCUCCUGUGCCGUAGGGGCAACGGGGGGGUUUGUUUCAUCGUGCUGUGGAGCAGGCACAUGCGCACGGUCACCAACCUGUUCAUCCUGAACCUGGCCGUCAGUGACUUGCUGGUGGGGCUCUUCUGCAUGCCCACCAUCCUCCUGGACAACAUCAUAGCAGGGUGGCCCUUUGGGAGCCUGGUGUGCAAGAUGAGCGGGAUGGUCCAAGGCAUCUCAGUUUCUGCCUCUGUCUUCACCCUGGUUGCUAUCGCCAUGGACAGGUUCCGGUGCAUCGUGCACCCCUUCAAGCCGAAGCUGACUGUCCCCGCCGCCACCAUCGCGGUGAUCUGGGCGCUGGCCGUGGCCAUCAUGUGUCCCUCGGCGGCGCUGCUGCGGCUGCGGCAGGAGAAGCGCUUCCAGCUGCUCCUGGGCACGGGCAACGCCACCCGCCCGGUGUUCUGGUGCCGGGAGGAGUGGCCCGAGCCGGCCAUGAGGAAGGCCUACACCACGGUGCUCUUUGCCAACAUCUACCUGGCUCUGCUGGCGCUCAUCGCACUCAUGUACUACGCCAGGAUCGGCGUUUCCCUAUGCCACGCCACCAUGCCGGGGAAGCGCGGCCGGGAGCAGCGGCGCGGAGCGUGGAGGAGGAAGCGGAAAGCCAUCCACAUGCUGGUCCUCGUCACCCUGCUCUUCGCCCUGUCCUGGCUUCCCCUGUGGAGCCUGAUGGUGCUGUCGGACUACGGCAGCCUGUCGGACGUGCAGCUGCGGCUGAUCAAUGUGUACAUCUCUCCCCUGGCUCACUGGCUGGCCUUCUCCAACAGCAGCGUCAACCCCAUCAUCUACGGCUUCUGCAACCGGAGCUUCCGCCGUGGCUUCCAGGCCGCGCUCUGGCUCCAGCUCUGCUCCAGGCCCGCCUCGGCCCAGCCAGCCCCGGGCCAGGCCGCCCUGCCUGCUGCCCCCUGCCCGCCGGCCCAGGAUCCCCCUCCCCACACAGCCAAGGGAGGAAACUGGGUCAAUAAGCAGCAGGAUUUGCUCAUGGAGGAGCUCGAAGAGAAUGGGAUGGAGUGAAAGGUGCUGCGAUUCUGAGAAUCUCUCUGUUCCCCAUGGAACAGGGCUGCUUGAACCCUGUUUGUGGUCAUAUUUCAUUCCUGUGAGGAAUCCCUCAUGGAUUCCCCUCAUGGACUGAAAUACUGCAGACCCAGGCUGGUACCCAGCCACUCCUGGAUUAUCUCAUGGUUUUGCUUCUUCCUGGACAUUGUGAAUGCUGGGUCCUGCUCAAAUGACAAAAUUUAGCAUUUUCCGUCACAUUCCAUUUAUUCCCCUUGGUUGCUGUUAUUUCUGUCACGUCCAUUAUUAUUGCAGCUAGAGAAACAAGUGGAAAUGGAAAUUUGAGA